AGUCAGCUGUCUGUUGAACUAUCUGAAGCAACCAAUUUUGUCUGGCCUGGGUAACGAAGUUGAAAGUAACUUGGUGUGGGUUAACAUUCAGCCUUCUGAAUGGCACCGCUCCAUACUGCUGCCACAGUCCUGGUUAGGAUUUAUGAGUCGAACCUACAGCGCAGUCCUGCAGGGGAGGCAGGCAGAGCUGGAGAUGCAGUUAAAACAUGGAAAAGAGGAUCCUGAAGAGGUGCAGUACAAACAAUUUACAGCCUGGCUCUGGGUCAGAGAUAUGUUGACAGAUGUCAUCAAAGGUGCUUCCAAAGACAGCCCAGUGGUGAAAGGAAACUCUAUUUUUGCCUUAACUGGUCUUGCAGUUGCUGUAGCCAAAUACGAAAGCAGCCUUUCUUCAGACACUGAAAGGAUGCCUGAGACUGAACCUGAUUUUCUUCCCACAAAACACUGGAUUUCUAUGGUCACAGAGACUCUCUUUAGUAUUGUGAAUAGCCGCUAUCACCCUAAAGGUCAAGUCUUCCCAUGGUUCUACCAGAAAUCCUAUUCAGGUGAAAAUACUGCUAGUAUUAUAGCUCGUUCCUGUGCAGCCACUGCUUUGUCACUCCUGGUGCCAGUUUUCAUUGUAUCAUGCAAGGAGAAGGUUGAGGAGGUCCUGAAUAUGCUGACUGAGAGGUUACCUGGGAAACCAAAUGCUGAUGAGUCUCAAGCUGUUCAAAUCCACAUGGGCCUUGGUUUGGGGAUGUUUAUCUCACGUUUGUAUGAAGAAAAAGUCAGUGAUGUACCUGGUCAACAGAUGAACUUCGUUCUCAUGAAGUCCCUAGAUGCACUGGAAGACUGCUGCUUUGACACUAGUCUGGAGUACAACACUGGAUGUAUUUUGGGAGUAGGACUUGUUCUUUCACUUAUGAGUCACAGUAGCCAAACAGAAUCGCGAGUACAUGUUUCCACUUCAUUGCGAAAACUCUGCAAAUACCUGGACAGCAGUGAGGACCAAAGCAGAUGGGUCCAGGAGGUACUUGCCUAUUCUGUGGCCUGUUCCUGUGUCUCUGCUUUCAGUGUUGGAAUCAUAGAAGCAGCUGAGGCUGAGGAGGCCAUGAACAAGCUACGGACCUUAGUGGAAAAUAAUCAACAGACCCACGGUUUUGCUUUAGCUCUAGGUGCAAUAGUACAUGGAUUGUCAGCUUGUGGUCAUGGGAAAGCUGAAGACCUGAGUAACAAACUAAUGCCAGCCUGGAUAAAAAUUGUGCUUGCAGAGGGUUCUCCAACAAUGCAGCGUCUGGCUGCUGUCAAUGGGCUGGUUGCACUGGUGGGCUCUGAAGGAGGCGUGAUACAGCUGAAAUCUGAGAGCAUUCAGUCCUCCCAGUUUCAAAGUAAGCUGAAUGAAGUCAUCAGAACCCUUACCCAGAUAAUCAGUUUUUCGGGGCAGAUUGGCCUUCAGACAAACGCAGCAGGGCUUUUAGGACGCCUUCAUAUGUCCUGUUUGUCUUCUACCCAGAACAGAGCAUCCGUUCCUCCAGAUUUCAGCUACUUGCCUGAAAACAGCUUUAUCAGGGCAGCCAUGGACUUUGCCAUUGAAAGUGGAAAGAAAGGCCCUGAAUCUGUCCCAACUGAGAUGGUGAAAGUAGCACUGGCACCCAUUGCAUUAGUUGGAGAAAGCCAUCAGUAUCCACCUGUAAACUGGGCAUCCAUUCUUUCUCCUUUGAUGAGGCUAAACUUUGGUGAUGAGGUGAAACAUCUCUGCCUUCAGCUGGCUGUGACACAGGCCCAGUCAUCUCAAAACGCAGCAGUGCUUUUGGGGAUGUGGGUGGCACCUCCCCUUGUCUACAGUCUUAGUAUGAAAACCCAGAAAUACCUUCUCAUGUCCCUACCCCUGUGGAUGAAACAUGUUGCAGAAGACAAGCUACAAUCUUUUACAGAAGUGUUUCUGAUACAACAAUUCGAAGUGAAGAACCGCACAAAAAAUCCAGAAAAUUGCCAGUGUGUUUUACAGGGGCUCAUGCAAGCAAUGAAAGUUCCAAACCCUGCCCAGUGCUGCUGGAGUUUUCUGUGCCAGGCUGUGGAGAAAAUAUUUGAGCUUCUACCAAAUGAGGUUCAGAGAGGCGAGCUGGAGAUUUAUAUCGAUGUAGCAAAAUGUAUCUCAGAAAUGGCUGAUUCAGAGGUUGAUCGCAUUGUGCAAAUCUCUAAG